GACGCAUCCAUACAUGUUUUAUUAACAAUAGAAAAGAGUUUGGGUUGAACGAACAAAAGUUUAGCUAGCUAAAUAAGGACGGAUUGCUGGCUAACUAUAGCUGUGUUGUUAGGCAGACCAGCACCUACUGUACAGUAUUUAACUUAGCUAGCUAGCUAGCUUUAGCCACCAACUCAAGAAAAAUAUAUAGCCAACAACCUAGCAGAUGGUCUAUAUCUUGUUGUUUUUCUAGGUAACACGUCAGACAUGGCAUCAAAAAGCACCAAGGAGAUCAUUGUCAACAAGUUAGGCUUUAAAACCAGUGGCUCAAAGCAAGCAGACAUGGAAAUGGACAGACUCAGGAAGGAAAAUAAUCACCUGAAGAAGAUGAUGGAUGAAAUAUCAAAACGAACGGCGAGGCCACCAGACUUGGACAAGAGCAAAUUGCUAGAGAGAAUUCUGUCUCUGGAGACGUUAAGGGAGGGGAACAAUCAGCAGCUGCUGGCAAAGGACAAGGAGGUGGAGACUCUGAGACAACAGCUGAGUUCCAGUGGGGGAGAGGUGGUGGCAUCGCUCCAGUCUCAGCUGGACCAGGGGAGGAGAGAGGCAGAGCACAGAGAGAAACUCUUCCAGUCUCUCUCGGAGGAGACGGGGAACCUGAAGAACAACUUGGUGGCAGUGUCUGCAAGGUGUCAGGAACUGGAAGAACAGUUUCCUGAUUUCCAGAAUGGCAGGGUCCCCACCGGUGAGGUUGCAGUAGUUCAGGAUCACCUGAGAGAUGCUUUGGAGAAGAACCAACAGUGGAUGGUUUAUGACCAGCAGCGAGAGGCCUAUGUCAAGGCAGUCCUGGCCAGAACCCUUGAGUUGGAGCAGCAACUAAAUCAAGCCAACCAAGCUCUCCAACAACAACACAAAGAAGGCGAUUCAGCCGCACCUGAGAAGUCUUCCCCCCAGCUGCAGGAGUACUACGACAAGCUUCUGCUGCAGGCCAAGCGGGACGUGGAGGCCCAGAAAGAGGCUGCUGCGCGGGCCCAGGGGAGGUACGAGGAGCGCUGCCGGGAGGUGGCCGAGGCCAGAGAACAGCUCCAGGCCGAGCGCCUCAGCAGGAGACACAGAGUCAGCGAGGAGAGGAAGUGCUUGGCCGACCGGGCUGACAGGAUGAGGUCCGAGCUGGACAGCAUGGACGCCAGGUUGGAAGACGAGAGGAAGAGGUCUGCUGAGCUUCUGCUGCAGGUGAAUCUACUCCAGAAAUCUCAGUUAAAUCAAAAUGAGGAGCAGAGGAGAGUUUCUGUACUGGAACAGCAGAUCCAGCUGUCUGCCAAAGACUUUGAGAACGAGAAGCUCGAUCGGCACAGUUUACAGCAUCAGUUGCACAAGGUCCUGAAAGAGCUGCGCAAGGCUCGGGACCAAAUCACGAGACUGGAAUCCAGCCAUCAACAGAGCGAGUCUCGUUUCUCUGAGCCAAGUUCUUACAACAAGCUGGAGUUUGAUAGGCUGUCCAUUGAGGAUCCCAUCCCCACCUCGCCCUCCAAAAGCCUUCUGGACGAGAGUUUCCUGGAGUGUCCAAAGUGUAGAGCCCCAUACGCCACCAGUCAACACAGAGAACUGCUGGCCCACCUCGACUACUGUUUCACUUGAACAGCCUCAGGGGAGUACAUCUGGCCAUUCUCGGUCUUUUGUCUAUAAGAUAUUGUAUUUAUAUAAUCUUAUAAGAGGGAGUCUAUUUGAUUUGUGUUUAUGCUCUUUUUACAUGACGAUGUUUCUUUCCCAUUUUUUUUAUGUGUCUACUGAUGAUCUACUGUAAGAUCCUGAAGGUGUGUUUACCAAUAAAUCAGUGACUAUUUUUGAUUGACAAGAAUAAACUAUUUUGAAUUAUUAUUAUUAUAUUUUUUUGUGAUUUCAAAAAAAAUCUUAUGUGGAUGGUUUUGUCAUAGAACGUAUGUAAGAUUAGAACAUGAAACAAGUGUUCACCACAUAGGUCCUUUAUUUUUUCUGUUGUACCUCGUCUUUCUAUAAGCAUUGUUUGCAUUCCUAAGGUUUAUUCCAUCAGUUUUAAAGGCCCAGUGCAGUCAAUUUAGUUUUUCAUCUGUUUUGUAUCAUAUUGGUACAGCUGAGGAAACUAACACUGUAAAAGUACAAACAAUUUUGACCAGUUUAUUUAACUAGGCAAG